GACAAACAAAGCACUAUUGGUGUCCUCUGCAAGAGAGCCCUGAUAGGGGGCUGGCUGUAAAUUGACGUGGCAUGGAAAAUCUCUGCUAGUUUGUAGCAGCUCUAACACUGCCGCAAAAUGAAGCCUACUCAUGCCAAGUUUGUAGCUUGAAAUUAUCACAGGCUGGCUGUUUCUGUAUAAAAAAAUGAAUGGAAAGUACCUUGGCUUUUUGAUUUGGGAACUGGACUUUUUCUCUGUUUGGAUUUACAGCUAGUAGAAAACAAAAUCAAAGGGAAUUAUUUGGUUACCUUUUUUUUUUUUUUUUUUCCCUCCCCCUGUAGUGAGAGCGACAGAUCUUGCUGCUCCCCCCAACCUUUUCCUGCGAUUUAAUCACUUGCAAAUCUUGCCAUGGGGUGCGGACUGAGAAAGCUGGAAGACCCAGAUGAUAGCAGCCCUGGAAAAAUCUUCUCUACAUUGAAGAGACCACAAGUUGAAACAAAGACGGAUUCUGCUUAUGAAUAUGUAUUGCUGGAUUUUACUUUAGAAGCUUCCUCAAAUCCAGAUGUCAUCAAGAUUAGUUCUGUGUUGGAUAUAGCACCUAAGGUGGAAGAAUAUUACAGCAAAGGAUAUGUUGUAGGAGCUGUUCAUCCUAUUAUGCUGCCAAUUGGACGUAGAAGGAGUUUCCCUGCAAGUCACAUGUAUCGAGUGGUACUUUCACGAUUGAAAUUAAGCCAGAAGCAUGCAGCACCCAGAGGACAAAGGCACCCCAGGCUGGUGAUUGAGGAAUGUCCUUUAAUGUAUGAAACACUGACAAAUGAGGUAGUGAAAGAACUGUUAGAAAAGGUUAACGAGGCUGCUAAAAGAGGGAAGAAGUUUGUGGGAUUUGUGACACAACAUUUUCCUCAACCUAAAGCCUGUAAUGGAACAAGCACAGAUGGAAGUGCAGAACUGGAAUCAACGCUAGGCAGAAGAAAUAGGGAACACAGAAGAAAAAAUUCUGAUGAAAACUAUAAAAACUGGAAUGAAGGGACGUUGAGUGGUCACUCAUCUGAGAGUGGAAUAGAGGAGGAAAUGCAAGGAGAAAGCAGUCUGUUACAGGAUGCAGAUUUCCAGUUUGGAAAAGAAGUCAGCCCUGUUAAACCACGGAAAGGAGACGCUACAUCAAACAAGCUGUAUACAGUCUUCAAUGUUUUUGAUGAUGAUUCUACCUGCUGGACCUAUCAUGAGGGUGUCUUAUCUAUGAAAGUAACAAGAAAAGGGCCAGUUAUUAGUACACUGGAAGCAGACUGGCUAGAAUUAACCACAUUUUAUUAUAAACAAGGAUUGUCAUUAAUUGAUUCAUUUGUACACUGGGAAACUUCUAAAGGGGACUAUUUGCCUAAAUCUUUAGAAGGAUUAUUUAUCUACGAAGAAGAAGGUGCUGGGGUUCCAGGUUCUAACAGGAAAGGAAAUGAUGCUAUAGUUGUUGAACAAUGGACAGUAAUUGAGGGGUGUGAAAUUAAAACAGAUUAUGGACCUUUAUUGCACACGCUGGCUGAAUUUGGAUGGCUCCUGACCUGUGUCCUGCCUACACCUAUCGUACGACAUGACAGUGAAGGAAAUCUGGCCACAAAGCAAGUAAUUUUUCUUGAGAGACCUGUUAUGUGGAAUUCUGCUGUCCAGACACCAGAGAAGAAAUCCUUAAGACAAGUUAUUGGGGAGGAAAGAGGCAAAGUCUCUAGCAGAAGUGUUGGAUUAGACACAGCUACUUCUCAUCCUGUAGAAACUGGACAACCACCUGAUGAGUUUCACCUAUCUCCUUCUAAGCAAUGUUGGAUCAAGGAGGGAUCCUCCCACUAUGGAGGCUUUCCAGGAUUCAGUAGUAGUGAUGGAGUAUUAAGAGAACUGGAUGAUGGACAAUUUGACCAGGAAGAUGGGGUCACUCAGGUCACAUGUAUGUGAUAAAGUAAGUAACUGCAUCAGAUGGACAUGUACAUAAUUCACACAGAUGU